AGUUAGCCCUUUGUCCUUCGUUCAUUUCUAUGAUUUCUAUAUUCUCUCGAUAGGCGUAGACAGCCGUUAGUCUAAACCUCGACAUGUCCUUUCGACGGUUAAAAUAUUAAUACCGAGGCCAAUCAAUUAUGCCUUCAAUUGCGCGCUUGAUCUUAGGCGCGUUGCCGCUCCUCUUCCCCAUAAUCUCCAUAGCCACAGCGAGCGCCAGUCUCAAAGAAGGCAUUCUACCAUCUUACCACUAUGGCGCACCGAUCGCCGUCGAAUGCAUGAAUAGGAGCGUAGAGACCGGCGAACAUAUCCAGGAUGCCAAGGACGAGAUCCAAUGGAUCCCUUUUCCAACCUGCAACGAGACCGGCAAGUCUCUCGAGUUCGGUUACGGCGUCGAAGACGAGAUGAACUGUACUAUCCCUAUGAUAGACGACCCUUUUUUCCAUCUGUUGGAAUUCUACAUCCACAGCGACGCGCCCCUUGCUUGUCGUCUUCCUGCUCGGCCUCCUGCCCAUAUUGAGAUGGUCGGCGAGAAGCCGUAUGAGCAAGAGUAUAUACCGCUCGUGUUUGCCUUGGCCGGCACUUUGCAGCUUAGCCAUCUGCAUAUCAGCACCCAUCUCAAUAUCCUCCUGCACAGCACACCAAAGCAUCACAUCCAUCCUCACGAUAGCGGCGUUCUAGAUAGCGGCGCCGCAUAUAGCACGAGCCCGCUUAGCCAUAUGGAUGGCAGCUUUACCAAGAGGCUGGUCAUUGGCGAUCCUCUACCCCUAAGUUUUAGUGUUAGGUGGUUCCCAACCCCAGCACUUCCCAAGACCGAGGGUAAAGUCGAGUGGCAGGGUAUGGGUGGGCAUAUCUACGCCAGCACCGUAUUUUAUGCCCUCGUAUCAUUCAUUGCCGGCGUUCUGGUUUCCGGCGUUUAUUUCUUUGGCAUUAUCCUGCCUAAGCGACUGAAGAGUCGCGGCCUCGGUGGUGCUACGCCUUUAGCUUACGGGCUAAACGGCGUAGGCAAUGGAUGGGGUUACUCAAAAAGAAUGGAUUAAAGUCGUUUAGCAUAGCUCUUCGACGUGGAAUCUUGUGGAAUCUUGUAAAUAUUAUGAAGACGACGAGGAACUGUGCGCGUCGCUAUGCAUGACCUUGGGGGCU